GCCCCCCCCCCCCUCCACCCAAACCGACGCCACCGGGAAACUAAUCUUUUUGGGGGGGAAAAGGAAUAUUUUACAUGCGAGGAAAGCCGCGACGCGACGGCGGGAGAAAUGUUGUGAACGUAUUUUUUAUUCCAACGUUUCACGAGUUAACUUCAGUCAGUCCCCGGGACUUCAGUUGGGAGGAGGAGGAGAAACGGAGCCAACCGCCGUCCGGGUUCCGGGACGUUGGUCAGGGUGCUGUCCUGUGGGAUGGAUGACACCCAAGAGCAGGACCACUACGAGGAGCGCCUAAAAGAAGUGUUCAACAGUUUUGAUGCCAGCGGCUGCGGCUCUCUGAGCCCGGAGGAACUCUCUGACCUCUGCCUGUCGCUGCAGCUGGACGAUGCCACGCCAGCUCUUCUCCACACCCUGCUGCAGGGCCAGGACCGCCUCACCGCCCGGGUUGACUUUGACCAGUUCAAGAAUGCACUGAUUCUGGUGUUGUCAUCAACUCUCGAGCCACAACAAGAAGAAGAAGAACAGGAGACUUUGUCCAAAGCAGAAUCUCCUGAGAUCCAACCGAAGUUUGUGAAGGGCAGUAAACGUUACGGCCGCCGCUCCACGCCGGUCUUCCGGGAGCCCAUUUUAGACUCCGAGGUAACGAAUGCAGAGGAAGAGGAGGAAGAUCCGGAGGACAACGAUGACUCGGCGGUUCCCCGGAAGCGUGAGCGCUGGAAUGUUCACCAAUCGAGUACGGAGGAGUACGAGGCGGAAGGCCAGAUGCAUCUCUGGAACCCCGAUGAGCCGAGCACGCCUCGGGGAGCCGCCCGGCCUCUGUCGGCCCGUCUGGAGGAGAGGCUGCGGGACGCCUGUGACGAGCUGCAGAUCCCGGGGGACGGCUGUGCCGGUCACUCCGAGCUGCUGGCGCUCUGUGACCGCCUGGGCCUGGAGAUGAAUCUGGAUGUCCUCCAGAGUCUAACCUGCGAAGGAGUGAUGAAUGUUCGGGAGUUUGUCUCCAGGGUUGUGAACCACCACAAACCCCCCACGCCCUCCUCCGCCUCCACGCCCUACAGGCAGCUCAAACGACACCACUCCACUCAGUCCUUUGAUGAGGGAGGUCGGAGGAUCACCCCUCCUGGUGCUCUGACCAGCACCAUCGGCAUGCGUCUCUUCUCCACCCUCGAUGACGGUGCCGGUUUCACUGCAGUGGAAUACCUUAUGGAUGCCUGGGUGGAGGAGGGCAUAGAGAACGGCACAGAGAUCCUGCAGGCUUUGAAUUUCAGCCUCGAUGGAAAACUGAGCCUGAGUGACCUCACCAUGGCCCUCGAGAACGAGCUACUCGUUCCCAAGAACGGGAUUCACCGGGCGGCACUGGCCAGCUUCAAAGCCGAGAUCAGACAUCUUCUAGAGCGCGUGGACAGAGAACUCUGGGAGAAAGAGAAAAUCCACUCUGACCUGGAGAAGGCUGAGAAGCUAAAAACUCAACUGGCCACUGAGGUGGACGAACGUCACGCUGCAAUCGAACAUAUCAACAACCUCAACCUCAGGAAGCUGGAGCGGGAGCACAAAGAGAGGCUCGCUGCGGUGCGGUCCGAGCUCAUGAAGGAGAUGGACCACAUGCAGCUGCAGGCCGGCCUGCAGCACGAGGAGCUGGAGGCCGCGCUGGACAAGACCAGGGGGGAGGAAUCUUUCCUCAGAGACCACCUCUCCAUCUCCGUGAAGGAAAACAGACGCCUUGAAAUGGAGUUGCUGGACGGUACCGAAAAACUAGUAGAGGCACAAAGCCAAAAUACUAAACUCCAGACAAUGUUGGACAACAUUAUGAAAGAAAGGUUGGGAGACUUGGACCCUGGCGGUGCAGACCUCCUACUCCAAGAGGACCGCAUUAAAGAACUACGCAGCGGCUAUGAAGCUCAGUUCAGGGAGCUGCAGGAUCGUAUGGACGAGCUGCAGGCCGAGCUGCAGGAGUUCCACAGUCUUGGCCGGGUCCAUCAGCCCUGCCACAAGCCUCUCUCUGAGGAGCUGGAGAGCAAAAGCCCCGGCAUGGAGUCUGAUCCAGGUAUUGGUGCGGAGGAGGUUCAGCCCUUCAGCAUGAGCCUGGAGGCCGAGAUGAUGUUGGAGCACCUGAAGGAGCAACACCUUCAGGAAGUGGAGGAUUUGCAAAAUCAGCUGGAAAGCAAGGUCAAUGAAUUUGAUGAGACGGUAGGAAAGCAGAGGGCGGCACACGAGGACCAGAAAGCUGCAGUAGCUCUCCAGUACCAGCAGGAGCUCCAUGCCUUGAGGGAGGAGAUGGCCGGCGUUCAGAGCCACAGAAGAGAGCUCCAGAGCCGGCUAGAGCAGGCGGCGCUGGAGCGGACCAGUCUGGGGCAGAAGCAGGCCGAGGAGAGGGAAGAGCUGGACGACCUGCGAGAGGAGGAAGUGGGAAAUCUGAGACGGCAACUGCUGGAGGCCCACACCUACGCCGCGGACCUCGAAGCCCGGCAGACGGAGGCGGAGGGGAAUCUUGUAAAAGAGAUGGACGAGCUGGGGAAACGACACGCCGCGGAGAUUAAGAAUCUGAGGGAAGAGCGGGACGAGAUGUUUAGGGCCGGACUGGAAGAGGAGAGAAAGAAACGGGCCGAGUUGGAGAAGAGGUUGUUGGAUGAUUGCGAAAGGGAGAAGGAGCUUUUGCAGCAAAGCCACGAGGAUGAACUGAAGGCCAGGCUAGAGGAGGCAGCGGGGAGGUUUGAGGGAGAGCGGGAGGAGACGACUCGGAGGCUGACGGAGCAGUGGCACGAAGAGAGGACUCGGCUGGAUGAGCAGAAUACCGAGUCUCUGCAGCUGGUGCUGGAGGAGGAGAUGCUGCGAAUGGUCAGGGAACAAGAAGAGAAGGAGGUCACGCUCCGGGAGCAGUGGGGGAGAGAAUGGGCCCAGCUUCAGGAGCGUCAGGAGGAGGCGCUGCUCCACGGAGUACUUCAGGAACGCUUACGGCUCCAAGGCGAGUUUACGAAGCUGAGGGAGGAGUGGGAGAGGCAGAGGCUGCAGCUGGAGGAGGACCACGAAGGGAUGCUGCAGGAGGGACUGGAUGAAGAGCGGGAGAAGCUCGAGGCCGAGAGAGAGGAGGAGGAGAAGAGAGCGGAGCGCUCGAUGGCGGAGGAGAGGGUUCGUCUCCAGGAGAGCCACAGUGAGGCCGCCAAGGAGCUGACGCUCAAGCACACCGGAGAGAGGGACGCUCUCAGCGGCAUGCUGGGUAAACUACGAGACGACGUCGCUCGGGAGAGUUCUGAGGCCGGUCGCCUCGCUGAAGAAAACGUCGUCCUCAGACAGAAGAUCGCUGCGUUGAAGGAGGACUUGAAAGGCGUCCAGGAGGAGCUGAUACAAACACUGGAGCACUUGGCUAAAGGGAAGAUUGCGGAUCAAAAGGCAGCGGAGAACUUCAGCAAUCAGAUUUCCGCGCUGCAUCUGCAGAGCCGGCGGCUGGAGGACGAGAAGGCGACGCUGUCGGGGAAAAACGCCCAAAACAUUUCCGACGUGCAGAAUCUCCGUCGGCGGCUGGCCGAGAGGCUGGAGGAGAGCGAGAGGAGGGAGGCGCUCGCCUCCGAGGAGAAGAGCGAGCUGGCAGCGUGUGUGUCUGCUCUGGAGGCGGAGCUUACCAAAGCCCUGGAGGACGCUGCUCAGCUGUCCCAGCAGCUCUCUGACCUCAGAGAGAAGGCGGUCCAAGCAGACUCCAUAGAGACUCAGCUCAGCCGCCUGGUGGAGGAGCGGCUGAGCCAGGAUCAGGAGACGCUGGGCCUCUGCAGCCAGCUGGCCAAAGCUCAAGAGAGGGUCAAGACGGUGGAUGAGACCCUUCAGGCUGUGAACCAUCAGAGUGUUCACCUCAAGGCGGACCUCCGGGUGUCGCAGCAGGAGAAGGAGUACCUGAAACAAGAAGCUGCCAUGCUACAGAAGAAGCUGCAGAACGUCAAUAAUAAAAACCACGUUUUGGAGAUGGCCCUGCACUCGAGCGGCCUCCAGAGCAAGAGCAAGAAGCUGUACAGGGAGGAGAUGUCUCGGCUGGUGGACCAGGAGCAGCACCUGCGGAGGCAGGAGAACGAGAGGCUUCAGGCCGAGGUCCGCAACGUCAAAGGAGACGCCACGCAGUCCCGAGAGAAGGUCCGUCAGCUCGACGCCGCCGUCGUGUCCCUGAAGCAGCACAAACGCACUCAGUCCUCCCUGGUGGAGGCUUUGGAGCAGGAGAACGCCUCCCUGAAGCGGGAGCUCGAGGCGCACAAGGACCUCCCCGAGGGCCGUGAAGCAGGACAAGGACACACACAGCUGGAGGACCUUCAACAAGAAAAUGAGCAUCUCCGAGCCCAACUGGCUCGAGUCUCCACUCAGCUGCUCGAGUCAUUCCAGGCUCAGUUUGUGGGCCUUCUGCCUCCCUCCCCUCACCGGCUGCCCAGGGGUCAGCACCGCGGGGAGGAGCCGGACAACAUGCAGGAUGAAAGGGAGAGGAAGAUGAGGAUUAUGGAGGAGCGUAUGCGGGAAAUUGAGCUGUCGCUGCGUAACGUCAAGCUGCUGCUCAAAGAGAAGGUUGCUCAGCUGACCGACCAGCUGCACAAGAACGGCAAAGCGGACGUGCUGAUCCAAGACCUGUACGAGGAGAACGGCGAGCUGCUGAAGGCUCUGCAGAGGACGGAGCACCGGCACCAAAACACGGAGAAGAAGAACUACUUGCUGGAGGAGAAGAUCUCCAGCCUGAACAAGGUCGUGCGUGACCUGAACCCCUCGCCGCUCCCGUACCACUACAAGUGCACGUGAUGCCGCCGCCCCCCCUAACCCGCCUGCAAGUCGGCCACACAGUGCACUGUUUAUUUUAUACAGCCGAAUAUCACACAUUUACGAAUUUGCCUGUCAUACAACAUCCCUGACCUUUGACCUCACAUCGGAUCAAGACACACUCCCAAGAAAUAGAAAAAGAAACUUGCACAAGGAAAAAAAAAAGGGAAGAAACCUUCAGGAGAGCAAUUUACACACGCCUCUUUUAAAAUAUGCGCGUCAUUGUUUUAACUGUUGUGCAAUCGAUGUGGUCAAGUGCACCUGUUGCAUUGAAGUCUUCUGUGACACUUCUACUGUGUUUAAACAUGCAAUAUCUUUUAUUAUUAUUUUUAUUUUUUUCUAACUUCAUGUUGUGUUGGACCUAAAAUGAAGAACCAAAUGAGAAGUAAGACGACAGGAAGAAAAAGGAUGUUUGACACUAAUUAUAAUAUCUUUAAAUAUUUUACUAUGACACUAUUUCUCUUUUGAAGAAAAAGAAAACCGGUGCUGAAGUGCACUAUUUUUUUUAAUUUGUAUAGAAUGGGGUUCUUUUCUCCAUGUUGUCGGAAGAGAUUAAUUAUGUUAAUCGGUCUCUCCUUAUGUAAAGAAGAUCCAAACCUGCCGCCAGUGAAAUCAUGUGUACAGAACAUCAAAUAAUCCGGUGACCUCAGAGCUUUGAUGCGGCGCUCCCGACGCCACAUGAGUGAAUGUCAUGUGACCACGCUAUUUAAAUGCAUUUGAUUAAAAGCCUUAUGAACUGUUGCAAUAUGUAAAGUGUCCUCUAACCUGUGCCAUUAUAAAUGUUUUUUUUAUAUUCAAAUGAAGUGUCUUUAUAAUGAAGUGUAUAAUAAGCACUAAAGCUGGAAACGGUCAUGUUUUGUGGUCCAGGUAUAAAUAAAAUACAUGGAUCGCG